UUUACACUUUCACACCUUUACAUUCAACAUGACCACUGAAACAGGAGAGACGAAUGCUCGUUUAGAACGAGAAGUAAGCCAUGAUGAGGAUUUCCAUGGAAAGAAUGACGACAGCUCAUCAGGUUCUGAUAGCGAUGAUGCAGGAUCAGACGUUGAAGGAGGAGGGAAGAAGAGAAAAGGGGAUGAAAUAGUGGAUUUGGAUGAUGAUGAAGCAAAGGCAUUGUUGGAAGAUCUAGGCACAGAUGUAAGAGAAGGCAAGCGGAUACGGAGAGGUGAUGUCAAGAAAGCCGAAGGCGAAGAGGAUGGAAGCAAAGCCAAAGAAGGUCCUUCUUCGCAAUCUGACCAGAUUUGGAAGUCGAUCCAAGAAGGAAAGGAUGCCAAGGAAGAGUCCAGCUCCUCCGUCCAGCAGGACGAGAUGGUGACAGUAUUACGGACCUACAAAUUCGCAGGAGAAGAAGUUGUCAAAGAAGAAAGGCUACCCUCAUCUGAUCCAUUUGCAAAACAAUAUCUGGCAAAACAAGCACAAGCCAAAGCACAAAGUGUUCCAAACUCAACAACCACUUCGGGAAAUGCCACUUCAUCUCGUCCUGCUCCACCACCCGGACCUCGUCGUAAAAAGGGAGGAGGUUUGGCAGCUAUGAGUGCUGCAGCAACUGGUAAGCCUGACAAGCUCAACACUUUAGAAAAGAGUAAGAUGGAUUGGACAAAAUAUAAAGAUUCCACUUUGGCUGAACAUGAACGUCAUGAGAUGGACGCACAAACAAAAGGUGGAAGUAGUGGAUUAGGAUCGAUGAAAGGAUAUAUGGAAAGACGUAAUUUCUUAGAACGUGUACAAGAUAGGCUAGAAGGGCAAGAGAGAGGAGGAUCUAAGUAAGGAUUUGUAAAGUAUGAUAAAUGCAUUCUUAUAGUCUAUCAUUAGAGUAAACCCUUCACCGGAUUUAAAGCACGCGAUUUCCGAGAACACACUCUUUAAGUUUGAAUGCACGGACUGUCCGAAGUGG